CCAAGGCUCAAUCAGUCUGCGCCUCCCAUUUGGUGUCUUCAUAUUGCCCCACACACAUACACAUACACACGCCCUCUCUCACUGUCUCUCUCUAUCUCUCUGCGCUUCGUGCAGUAGCUGUUAACUCCACUGGGAAGCUCACAGCUCACGGGCAGAUAGUCGCAUCAGGAAACGCUCUAAACCGGGAAGAACGCCACGCAAUUGCUUCUGACCGGAAUACUACAGCUCACGAAACAAACGAAAUACACAUUUCAAAAAGUUGACUUACAUUCUGCAGGAUGACAGAAGUGAUGAACACUUGUGAGCCAGGCAUGGAGGACUUUGGUGUGACCGCUGCCACAGGAAACCAAAGCAUCUCCUUCCAGAUCUUUCCGGACUCCCAUGAGAGGUAUCCCAAGCUGUCGAAGCGUCUGCCGUCCAUCGUGGUGGAGCCCACAGAGAGCGGGGAGGUUGAGAGCGGGGAGCUCCGCUGGCCCCCCGAUGACCUGAGCUCAACGGACAUCCCUGGGGAGACCCCGCCCCCCAGCUGCAGCCAGGCCUCACCCCCAAAACACAACCAGAUGACAGAUACGGAGCUGAGUCAGGACAGCGAGGACAGCCCGGAAGAGGGCGGGGCUGUGGGCGGGGACUCCAACUGAUACGUAUGGCCACCAUCCCUCCAGCUUUCACUGUGAAUGUCUCCAGACAGGCAGAAGCAAGGGAGAGAGCCCGGGGUGUGGUGGGACAGACCUCCAUCCUGCUCCUGGCCCAGACCCCAGUGGGUAGAUCCCUGUUCCUCUUGGUGGUGCACAGCUCUGUAAAACUGUCUUAAAUAGCUCACUUGUGCCAAACUCUGGUGGUAGCUAGCUACAAAUAGUUUGUAUGAACAUCUGGUUGUUGUUGGUUUUAUUAUUAUUUAAAUGCGUAUGUCUAGAAUCCAUCUAUUUGAUACCCUUUUUCAGCUUUGUUUUUUUUUCAAAAUUUCUUUGUUUAUAGCCAUUAAUUGCUUUAAUAUAUACACACAGAUUUAUAUUCACAAUCGUGUAUGUUGUGUACACUGACAUUUUUAAAACUAUCUGCCUCUGAUACUGAUCUAGAAUGCUCCAGGUGCUUCUCCUUUACCAACCUGCUUCUGGGGCGUAGAAUAUGUGUGUCGCCUUGUUUGCUCUCAUUGUUGUGGUUUAUUGCAGAAUGCCUGCUGAUUUCUGCCAUUUAAAAAAACGUACCGCUCUGUAUACAUCAGAUUUUUUAAAAAGCAGUAUUUUAAAAUAUUUUACGUACUAUUAAUUUAAAACACAUUCCAAAAUAUUAAGCACAAAUCUAUAAUCAAAUUCAGAAGAAAAAAAACUUUCUAAAAUGUGUCAUUCUUCCAAUUGGCUUGAAUAUAGCAUUGUGUUACACUGGACUGCAACAGAGUAGGUAAUUGUGUUGAAAUGACAAGAACUGGAAGGUGUAAGCAGGGAUUGAAUAAGAUGUAUAUUCAAUUAUAUUAAUAUAAUAUGGAGGGGUAGGCAGUAUGUAACUUUGAUUUGAUAUCGGUCCUUGCACAAGAGCAGUCUGUCUACUGCACGAUAUUUGCUUCCAGCUUUGCAACACACAAGCUUCUCAUUUGCUGUAGCCGCUGCCAUCUGUGGUCCUGCAGAGUUGCCUAUGUUAGCCACAUUUUGUGUCAGUAUGCAUUUGACCCACAAGUCUUUACUCCCGGAUUGGAAAUAGACUUUGCUCACUAAAGGCGUGUUAUCUGUGCUGGCGAGUCUGAAAAGUGUGCCUUCUGUUCUUGGGUGUUGUUUAGCUUUGGAGAGACUUGGAGAGACAGAGGGCAAUAGUAAUAAUGAUAAAGACUAAUAUUAACCACAUAAGUAAUAACUUCUCUUUGUAUUAUAGCAAAGUACAUGUGCAUAAUGUAAUAAUUCACUUAAGUCUUAUUUGAUAUUGGAUAUAAAUGCAUUUUCUUUCUUUGUCACUGAAUAUAUAAAUUAGGAUAUUUUUGAUUUGUAUUAAAAAAUAUAUAUUACAGUGUCGACCAAUAUGAAUUGUACAAACACCCUACUCAAUAUCUGUAUAUGUUGCUAUAAAAUGAGGAUAACUUUAUAAUAAACUCUAGUGUUGAAUAGA